AGAUGGCGUCAGGAAGUUAGAGUAUGUUGGAAGUGCCUCAUCCGUGCCUCGCCUUGAACCCUUCAGUCCGGGACAAGUGUAUAACUUCAGCAAGGCCCAGCAGGUGCAUGUUUUACCUGCUUCCAAUGCUGCCCAGUCGGACCUUUCCCUCACCUAAUCUCCUGCCAAGCUUCUGUCAGAUUGAGUUCUUCAGAUGCACUUCCUGCUUUCAUUAUUCAUAUCAAAAAGAAUACUGGUUCUUGACCAGGACUAUUGGUGCACUUUGAUUAAUUUGGUCUCAGCUGGAUUUAGUUUUGUUCUUAUAUUAUAUGGAAGAAAGGAAUGUAGUCUUUUUUUAUGAUACUUUUUGAAAAUUAUUAUAAUGGUUAUACUGUUAAGUCAGAUCUCCUUUUUUGCAUUUCCAUGAAUGGUAGCUCUAACUAUUUUAAAUGAAUUAGAAACAUGUAUUGCAGAAACAAAACUUCAUAUAAAAGAAGUAAAGCCUUUAAGAUAUUAUUUUUGAAAACUUUUUCUGUAUGAGAUCAUACAAAAACAAGAGAGGCAUUGUGUCUUUCUUUAGAUGCAGUAUUCAGGUCAUGAAGCCCAUACAUCUGCAAAGUGAGAGCUAACUAGAGGCACUGAAUUGUUAUUAGGCAUAUUGUGAUGAUGCCUAGUGAAAUAAUUGCUAGAAUAAUGCAUUGUGUAUUGACAUGAUUCCAUGAUCUGAUGUAAAUAUUCUUCAACCGUAUUCAUAUUGACAGAUAUAUAAAAGGUAUGCAUGAGAAUGAAUAUCUCUUGUAUUAUGAAGAUAUUCAUUCUCAUUCAUACCUUUUGUAAAUAUUCUUAUUGUAUUAUGAUAUUUGGAUGGUGCUGUCGAGCUUCACUGUGGUGACAAUAGAGAAAAUAUUCUGGAUACUUCAUUUUGGCCAUGGGAUUAAUUUUUCUGUAUAUGUAGACUGGUGAUUAUCAGUAUAUGGGGGAAAGAGAGGGAAUAAACAGAUGAAGGGAGAGGGGAAGGAAAGGGAGAGGAAAGAGCAGAGGGAGAAGAUUUGGGAAGUAGAGGCACGAGUGUUUCAAGUCUGAAGUUGUGCACAAAUGCCUCAGGCAACAUACUUCUUUUGAUAUUUUACUGUUAUUUAUAUGUAUUAUAUUGAGUUUACUAUUGUAUAAUGGAUGACAAAAGAAAAGUAUAAUUUAAUUGUUACCUACUUUGUUUUAAACAUUAUCUAAAGAUACAGAUGAGAUAAUAAAUUAUUUACAUGUUA